GUCAUUAUGGAAGAUGGGGCAAGGAAUGGAAUCUCCAUCUACCAAAAAGUGUCCGUACUUAAAUAGGUGUCGCUACUCUGGAGAGAUUUGGAACUAUUAUUUAUAGCAGCCAGCUGGACACUUUUGCAACAGUUCUGCCUAUGGAGAUUGUAUUCUUUACCUCUACCCUCCAUACUUGUCAUGGACUUGCCGGCUUGCCGGUGACAAUUUUUAUAAAUAAUGACGUUACUUGACAUUAACGUUAAAUUAGUCCAAAGGCUUUUCAAGAACAGCGGGUGUAUUUUCUCCUAGCGAGUAUGGCCUUGAAAAGAAAUCACAAGUGCACCUUAGGACUGGGUAAGAUUAGUUUAGUUAACGAUCUAAAAAAAAAUAUUGGCACCUUGUGAUUCUUGUUGAAAUUAUAUUCAGGGUCCGAGAGUAUGCUUAUCAAAAACCCGAACGCGAGCUGGUGUAGUCGCGUAUGCAGAGCGAUUCACAAGCAGAUCUUGAUAUCCGAACGCCACCCUCUCAUCUUUGAUUAUUUACGGAGUUAUCUCGCGCUGGGGGAAGAGCGCCGCCGUUACUUUUUGGAAGGCAGGAGUGUCAUCCAUCCGCUUAGCAUGUUCAGUCUUUUUUGGAAAAGCUUAAUGAUAUUCGUUAACCUUGCUCAUAUAGUAACUUCGAGCCUGCGAUUUUGUAUCAUAACAGAUCCUUACAACAUGUUAUAUAUUGAAGACUGCGACGUAAUCCUCUUGGUUAUCCAAGUUAUAUGCCUUAUUGACAUAAUAAUAUGUUUUAACAUCGGUUUUUUGGAGAGCGAAUCGGCGUUGAUAGUGCUUGACCGUAGCAGAAUUGCAAGGGCAUACGUUUGUAGCUUCUGGUUACCAGAUCUGAUGUCAGCGGUUCCCGUUUCCUUCCUUUUACUUAUUGUAAGAGCCAGGAGUCGCAAGGACAUGUUGAUCCCGGACCUUCUGCCUUUUGCUCGCGGCGUACGGAUAUUUACUAUUCUGGAUGACCUUAAGACUCUUUUACAGGUACAAAGAUCGAUAUGUGCCACUUUCAAGCUAUGUUCAAUACUUCGCACCUCUGGUACUGGAUUCAACAUGUUCCUGACCUAUCAUGAGACCGAGAUAGUAGUCAACUCAUUCAUAAUGUUAUUGGGGGCCAUGUUCAAGAUGUACUCACUUGUGUACUGGCUAAAAACGUACAUGACCGUGUACAACUCGACUUUGCGGUAUCAGGAGUUAUUGGAUCAAGUAGAGAAAUUCAUGAGUCACCACCAGUUUCCUGUACCAUUAAUGCGGCGUUUGCGUGACUACUACAGAUAUCGCUUCCAGGAGCACUAUUAUAAGGAAUCAGUAGCUCUCGGCUACCUCUCAGCACAACUUCAGGAUGAGAUACGUCUCAAUACUUACCAGAUUUUGGCGGACAAAGUGGAAGUCCUUCAGAAUCUACCGCCGGCAUUCUUGGGCAGAGUCAUGGGCUAUCUUGAACUCGAGAUAUUCUUGCCUGACGACCUCGUCUUCCAUGUUGGAGACUUCAGCAAACACGUGUACUUCAUUUACACGGGGACCCUGGCUCUUUAUACCGUGAAAGGAGUUGAGGCAAUGCACUUCGAAGACGGCGACUGUGCCGGCGGACUUGCGCUGCUGACGUCAAGCACUAGGCGCGUCACUACACUGGUAGCCCUUGAAAUCACGCACACCUAUCGACUGAGCUUCGAGCAUUUGAGAGAGCUCUCCGAGCUUAACAAGGCAUUACUGGACCGUAUCAAGAUGGAGACUUUCAAGCGCUUCACACAGGUCACGCACCUUGAGGACCUAAUCCUACUUGAAGAAUCUCCAACAGUAAAGGAUAAUAUAGUACGAGUAAGUACCUUACCUACUGCAAAACCGUCCAAAUUUCUUAUUCACGGAACCCCACACUGA